CCCAAAUCAAAAUUUUAAAAUUUGCCAAUGUGCCUAUCUCUCUCUCUAAGCUUUCUAUCUCUUCCAUUUUCCACUACUACAGAGCCUCCUCAAGAACCCUAAUACAAACCCAGAAGAAUUUUUCAAGUUGAAUAUUUUAGAAAAUGGCCGAAGGAAGAGACAGAUUAUCUAGGCAAGAAGACCCAAUAGACAUAUACAGUCGUCGACGGAGGUCAAUGGGCAGAGGUGGCAUUGAGAUCUUCGAGGAUGAAUCACCAGAAAGCUCUUCCAGAGCUCCUAUACAGACUACAGCAGAAGCAGGGAGAAUGGCAGGCACCAGCGGUGGCCGUGGUGGUAUUGGAAGGAUAGGUUUUGGGUCACCAAGAAAUAGGCGUGGACGAAACUCGCUUCGAACUCCAGCCAGGGUGAUUGGUCGUCAGAACAUUUCGCCAGCAGGCCAGGGGAGAAAUCGAGGGCGUCACAGUGUCCUUCCAGCUUGGUAUCCAAGAACUCCUCUCCGUGAUAUUACUUCCAUUGUCAGGGCCAUUGAAAGAACAAGAGCUCGCUUGAGAGAAAGUGAAGGUGAACAACUUGAGAGUGUUGUACCCCAGGACCAUACUGAUCUUGGUCCUUCUGAAUCAACAUCAGGUGCUCAACUUGAGCACACUGAUUCUUUGAUCACGCCACGUCCAAAAACCAGAAGCAGCUACCAUACCAGAUCUGUUGGUAAAGUGCCAAAGAUAUUGCUUGAUAUCACCAAUCAGAGUACUUCAGAAGACGCUGAAUGCCUCACACCACAAAGAAAGCUGCUGAACUCAAUUGACACUGUUGAGAAACAUGUUAUGGAAGAGCUGCAUAAAUUGAAGAGGACCCCAAGUGCCAGGAAACAAGAGAGGGACAAAAGAGUUAAAACUUUAAUGUCGAUGCGCUGAUUUUCCAUUUUGAUGUUCAACUCAAUCAAGGUUGAGGCUCAUAUACUCGGCUAUUUUGGAGAAAGGAGGUAGAGCUGCUGAACAGGGAGGUAAUGUGGAUCAUCUUCUGAUGAUCAAGCACUUAGUUGAAUUUAGGAUAUCUUUCGAUAUCUUUCUGUUCCCUUGUUAGAAUGUACCUUUAUAGAAUUGACUUUUACAUCCUGCUGAAGUUUUUGUUUUGGAGAUAUGCAUUUGAAAUAUGUAUUCACCAUACAUUGUGGAGAUAUGCACUUGAAUAUGUACAUAGUGUUUGAUGCUGGUUUCAUACUUGAAUUGUGUUUAAUAAGGAGAUCCAGUUCUAUGUUUCAAGCA